AUGAGACCUUCCCAGCGUGGCCAUCAGACACAGUCCCCUUUCAUCAAGAAAUCGCUCCAACAAAGACUCAAGGAACAGGACCUCUCGAUCAGAAAUAGCUCUCCUCAGCAACUACAGAAGAGUUUAGAAUCAUGUCAAAGGACCCUUGCAACCUCUGGGUUCCCAGAGACUUCUGAAACCGCUCUAAUAUUGAAACAAUUUGAAAGCAAGAUAUUAACUCGCUUGAACCAGUUAUCUCAAUCCACCAACGAAGAUCCCACCCCUUCUACAUCUACCUCGACCCAGCCUUUCUAUCGGAAUGACAACCAGGCGCGGAGCAUCGGUUCUGAAGGGAUUGUGGGGUUCAAGAAACGGCUAAUCCAGGAACAAUCAUUUGUUCCUACAUCCGACUCCUUGUUGGCUGGCAUGUCAAUGUCACAAUCGAUCAGAUUACAGGAGCAAAACUUGCACCGGGAGCGUGAACUUGCAACCACUGAGUCUCUGAGUCGACUGAGCAUACACUCAACUGGAAUGAACACCUAUCAAGCCGGAUUCACCAGGGGUCCUGACGAACUUCCUCGACGAAUCUUACCCGCUGACUAG